AUGACUGAAACAAAGAAUGUACAAAUUGAGUUACAGGCACCUCAUGCCUUAAGUAGUGCAGAGGACAGAGAUUCUAGAAAUUUGUUUGAUUAUUAAUAUGAUAACAUUGAAAAGAAGGGAAACUACGCUCAAAAAUAUCAAUCAAAGAAUAGGAAAAUUACAUCUAAUAGGCCAGAUUAUCAAUUGCCCAAUAAUAGCAUCUAAACUUCCAAAUAUACAUUAUUGAACUUUUUUCCAAAAUAGUUAUUUGAGUAAUUUUCGAAGUUGGCAAAUGUCUAUUUCGUGUUAAUGGGUGCAUUAUAAAUGGUUCCAGAGGUUUCGAUAAGUUCAGGAGUUCCAACUAUUUAUUUGCCUUUGGGUUUCAUCAUUUUGGUAAGCGGAGCAAAAGAUUUCUACGAAGAUUACAAAAGAAGAACUUCUGAUAAUGAGGAGAACAAACAAUAGGUGACUGCAUUUGACGGUAAAGACUUUGUGAAGAUCCCUUCAUAUGAAUUGAGAGUUGGUCAUAUUGUGAAGGUGAAUUAGGAUGAAAUAAUCCCAGCAGACAUGAUCCUAUUGAGAUCUAGUGAAAUAAAGGGCAUUUGCUAUGUGGAGACCAAAUCGUUAGAUGGUGAAACUAAUCUAAAAUAAAAGAAUGUUCAUGUCGAUCAUCUUUAGACUUUUAAAUCGGAUGAUUGUUUUGGUCAAUUGGAUAAGAGGAUCAUCUUGAAAUAUUAAGCACCAACUCCGUAUUUGUAUAAAUUCAUCGGAGAAACUACUACUUCCAAUCUAUAGGUUUCAUCGAUAAAUUUUAAUAAUUUUCUUUUGAGAGGAUGUAACUUGAGAAAUGUGAAAUAUGUUUUUGGCCUAGUUGCUUAUACUGGUCAUGAUACUAAGAUUAUGAUGAAUUCGUAUAAGGCCAGAACAAAACGAAGUAAAUUGGAACUCAAGAUGCAAAAGUUUAUUUUAAUAAUAUUUAUAACUCAGUUUAUCAUGUGCAUCAUAGCAUCUCUUGUCUAUUCAAUUACAUAUUACAAUAACCGAAAAUACCUGAAUUACUUAUAUAUUGGAGUCCAUUCAUCCGAAUAUACUAUUCCUUAUAACUUUUUUGUUAGAUUUGGCAAUUGGAUGCUCAUAUUUAAUAACUUUGUGCCUAUUUCUUUGUUAGUUACUCUAGAGAUGGUUAAAUUUAUUCAAGGUAAAAUAAUGACCUUGGAUGAGAAACUUAAUUAGCCAAGAGUCUAAACCUCUAACUUAAAUGAGGAGCUUGGCCAAAUUGAACAUAUCUUCAGUGACAAAACUGGUACUUUAACAUGUAAUAUAAUGGAGUUUAAACAAAUAAUAAUAGGCAAUCAAAAUUACGGGGAUAUAUUGAGGUCUUCAGAUGAUUAUAUAAGAGAUGAUGAAUUGCUUAACUACCCGCAAGUUAGUAAUGUAGAUUUUAGAGACAAGACUUUGAUCUAGGCCAUUAAUGACAAAUCUCAUGUGAUGCAUGAGAAAGUUGAGGAGUGUUUGAAGAUGAUUGCCAUUUGUCACACCGUAAUCAGUGAUUAGAAAGAUGGAAAAUUGAUAUAUAAUGCGACUUCACCGGAUGAAUUGGCAUUAUUGAAUUUUGCUAGAUUUGUGGGAUUUGAAUUUUUAGGAACGGAUGAAAACAAUAUCAAGAGAAUAAGUUAUUAGGAAUAAAUAAUCGAGUAUCAAUUAUUGGAGAUGUUCGAAUUCACAUCUGCCAGAAAAAGACAAUCAAUUUUAGUCUAGGUAAUUAAUACUGGAGACAUAUAUCUGUUUUCGAAAGGGGCAGACUCUGUAUUGUUGGAUUAAGUGAGAUUAUCAAGAGAGGAAUUGAAUAAGAAUGAGUAUCAUCAAUUAGUAUAGAGAUUACAAGAGUAUGGUAAGAUAGGAUUAAGAACGUUGGUUCUAUCAAAAAGAAAACUAAGUAAGUAGGAAUAUGAGGAGUGGCAUAAACGUUAUUAAUAAGCAACAUAGUAAAUUGAAAAUCGAGAAGAGAAAAUGUAAGUGCUUUAGGAUGAAUUGGAGAAGAACUAUGAAAUUUUGGGAGCAACUGCAAUUGAAGAUAAAUUAUAAUAAGAUGUGUCGGAUACAAUUGCAGCCGUCAAAGCAGCUGGAAUUAAAGUUUGGGUGUUGACAGGAGAUAAAAUUGAAACAGCUAUUAAUAUUGGAUACUCUUGUUCUUUGUUAACUAAUAAUUUAGUAUAACAUAUUGUGGAUGAGAAGGAAGAAUUGCUAAUUAAUGAGAGAUUAGAUGAUAUUUUAAACAAGAUACCCACUCUUCAAACCACAUAAGGAUAGGCUUUAAUUAUUUCAGGUGAUGCCUUGUUACAUGCAUUGAAGCCUGAUAUCUAAAAGAAGGUAGCAGAAGUGUGUGGCUUUUGUGAGGUUGUGUUAUGUUGUAGAGUAAGUCCAAAAUAGAAAUAAGAUGUGGUUUCUUUGAUUAGAGGGAGAAAUCAAUAAUGUUCAACUUUAGCCAUAGGAGAUGGUGCGAAUGAUGUAAAUAUGAUAACAGCUGCUCAUGUUGGAGUGGGCAUUAGAGGAGUUGAAGGUUAAUAGGCAGCAAGAGCAGCUGAUUACAGUGUAUAGGAAUUCAGAGAAUUAAGAAGACUAUUAUUUUUUCAUGGAAGGGAAUGUUAUCGCAGGAACAGUGUUUUGGUUUGUUACACAUUUUAUAAAAAUAUAUUGGUGGUUUUACCAUAAUUUUGGUAUGGCAUUCUCUCAAUGUUCUCAGCUUAAUCCUUGUAUGAUACUUUCAUUUAUUAAUUAUUUAAUAUUUUGUAUGGAGCCUUGCCGAUUAUGAUAUAUGGAAUAUUUGAUGAGGAGUAUGAUGCUGAUUAAUUGACGGAUAAUAAAUUGUAAAACUAUUAUUAGUAGGGUCCUCAAGGAGUGCUGUUUAAUAUCUAAAUAGUUCUAUUUUGGGUGUUUUGUGGAUUUUGGUAGACUGCAAUCUUGUGUUUCUUUGCUACAUAUGCAAUAUCUGAGAAUUUUGUUGAAGACAGUGGAUUUACUCAUCAUUUAUGGGCCUAAGGAACGAUGAUUUUCGGAUUGAUUGUUGUGAUUUGCAAUUUGAAGGUCUUACUGUUUUCUAAUACCUAUACCCCAGCAUUGCUAGGUAGCAUAUCCUUUAGUAUGAUAUCUUAUCUAAUUUCUUGGAUCAUCCUUGAUAAUAUACCAUAAGCUGAAGCAUAUGUAGUUUUUCAAUCAUUAUUUCAAACUCCAAAUUUCCAUUUCGGCAAUAUUUUAGUCAUUGCUGCAAUUUGUAGUAUUGACAUUGCAUUAAACAUUAAACUUAAUAGAGUGCUAUAGAAAGUGAAUCAAAACAUGUCAAUAAAAACACCAUUCUCUUUGAACAAUCUGUCGAUUCAUUAACCUCCAAAGAUAGGUGGAAAAUUAAACAACAAAGCACAUACUGGAUUUGCAUUUAAUUGUUUAGAUAGAGAUGAGUUGGAAGAUCAGGAUAAAAUUGACUUGUAUGGAAUCGAUAAUUAAGUAUAAUCUUAAGAUGGAUGA